UCAAAUCACCUACCGUUCAUACCAAGAGAAAACUCAGUCAAAUUUGGCGAUCUCGAGUUAAAUUUAGAGCUCCAUCUUAACUUGUAACACUAAAUUUGUCAACGGUGACAUGUAACCGGCAAAAGAUGGAAGGAUAAAUACGAAUAAGUCCACUAGCUACAUCCAGUUUCAAGGAUCAAAGAGCUUUCAUUGCGUGACGGCAAGUAUAGGGCUGAAGAAUUCUGCGUAUAUUUCCAUCCCCAAUUUCAGUAGUUAAGAGGAAAAAUUGGAUUUGUUUGUUCAAAGAUAUUGACAAUUCAGAAGCCCGAUAUAGAGGAGGGACAAUGGCUACGACAGGCACCAAUAAUAUUCAGGCCAAGCUUGUGCUUUUGGGCGAUAUGGGGACUGGAAAAUCCAGUCUGGUUCUACGUUUUGUCAAGGGGCAGUUUUUUGACUACCAGGAAUCCACAAUAGGGGCUGCAUUUUUCUCUCAGACAUUAGCUGUCAAUGAGACCACGGUGAAGUUUGAGAUAUGGGACACUGCAGGACAGGAAAGAUACCAUAGCCUUGCUCCCAUGUAUUACCGUGGUGCUGCAGCAGCUAUAAUUGUAUAUGACAUCACAAACUCUGAUUCAUUUACUCGAGCAAAGAAAUGGGUGCAGGAACUUCAAAGACAAGGCAACCCAAACUUGGUGAUGGCUUUGGUAGGAAAUAAGGGUGAUCUAGUAGCAAAGAGAAAAGUGGAGCAAGAGGAGGGUCAAGUGUAUGCCCAAGAAAAUGGGAUGUUUUUCUUGGAAACGUCAGCGAAGACUGCACAAAAUGUCAAUGAAUUAUUCUAUGAGAUUGCACGAAGGUUACCCAAAGCACAACCCAAUCUACAUUCUAGUAUGCUUUUGAAAGAUAGAUCUGCAGAAAGAGGAAGGAAUCCUUGUUGCUCAUGAAGGUGUUAGAUUGCUAAAAGAUUGGGCACUUUGCAUACAAUUUAAAGAUGGCAAUACAUUGAAGUCGGUGCAGGCUGGUCUUUGAGUAAAUAGAAAGGGCAUCGCUGAACCUGUUGAGAUUCAAAUCCUAGAUUUGGAUAAGUAGUUAUCAUCACUUAGCCCAGUUCUGGCUAAUGCUUCUUGUUACCCAAUUUCUCUCAAAAGAUCAAGUGCCUCGUUUCAAUUAAAUAAAUUGUACAGGUGUUUUCCGCAUUGAUUUGUGUUACAUAGAAAGUUCAGUGUGGACUCACAUUUUUUUAGAAGAUCGUAUCUAAUAAUAUGUUGUUGCAAAACCAAAAAUUUCUUGUAAUUAUAUGCCAGCAACUCUAUGUUCAAUUAUGAUGUGUGUAAUUUGUUGGUAAGAUGUUAAAUUCUGUAUGCUGUACUGAUUUGCUUUCCAUAUCUAUGAAUAGAUGACUCAGUAACGUAGUC